AUGCAGGCCUCUGCUAGUCCCAGUGUGCGCAAAGGGAAGUCCAAGAUCAAAGGCCACGGGCAAAGCCAAGGACAUUCCAAGGCCCACGGGAGGACCAGCGCUGGCAGCAAGAGCUCCAAACCCACUGCCAACAAGGUCAAGAAUGGUGUUGCCUCCCCGUCCAGAAAGAAGACCACCACCAAGGCCCCUCGAGGGGUGGUCCCCGGGAUGGGGGCCAGGCCCAAAGCCAAGGCUACCACCCCCUCUAAGGGCCCUGGGUCCAAGGUGGGGCCUGUGCCCCUGUCUGGGAAGUCCGAGGGCCCCAGGAGCCCGAGAAAGCCUGGUUUGCCCCCCAAGGCCCCGGCGUCCAAGACAUCCGGCAAGAAGGCCAAAGCCGAGGGCUCGGGGCUCGGGAGACAAUCAGCAUUACAACACCUCGCUGCUGACCUCCUGCACUCCUCGCGGUUUUUCCCGUAUACCUCCUCGCAGAUGUUUCUGGAUCAGCUGAGUGCAGGAGGCAGCACCUCGUUGCCGACCACCAACGGGAGCAGCAGUGGCAGUAACAGCAGCCUCGUGUCCUCCAACAGCCUGCGGGCGAGCCACAGCCACCCGGUGGCCAUCAGGAGCGGCACGGACACGGCGUCCAUCUUCGGCAUCAUCCCAGACAUAAUCUCCUUGGACUGA